AUGGACAAAAUUGUGACACUCAAAUCAUUGAAAGAAUUGGCAAUUUUGAAAUCUGCAGAGGCUUUUCAAAAAUCUCAAAUCCAAAUUCCAGCCGGAAAACUAACAAACGAGGAAAAUAAUGAACUUUUCGAGCAAAUUCCAGCCCAUUUUUCUGCGGAAAAUUCGGAUCGAAUGAUUGAAAAUUUCAACCUAACCCGCUUAAUAUUGAAUUCAAGAGACUUGAAACCGGAUUUACUGAAAAUUUCCCAUUCGAUGAAUUUGGAGGAUUUCGAAUUAAAUUUGAAAAAAGAGGUUACACCAUUUGGAGGCGUAACAAAAUUCGAUCUACCAACUGCACUUUUGCAGUGUUUGAAUCCAGAAACUCGACAAAAAUUGAGAACGCUGAAAAUCGAGGCAUCAACGCAUCGAUUUGUUCGAGGAUGGGCACAACAGCUCUGUCAACUCGUCCCCAAUCUUCAAUCUCUAUCGAUUCACGAUUUUCCGAUUGCGAAAUAUGAAUUUCGGACGAUUUGCAGCUCUUUGAAAUUUUUGACUACACUGGAAAUCUCAAGAAUGGAAAUACCGACAUUAAAUGGCAUUUCAAAAUUGCAAAACUUGAAAAAUCUCAUCAUGAACAGCAUCAAUUGUCUGAAUUUCGAAGAUUUGUUCAAUUUGAGAAAUCUCGAAUAUUUGGACCUCUCGGCACUGAGGUCCAUGUUCCACUCCGACGAUGAUCUUGAUUUGUCCCGCCAAGCAGUCGAGGUGUACGUCACAUUUAUGUUCCAUGAAACUGUCACUCUGUCUUCCUCCGCCACCGCCGCCGCUUCUUCUGACGCCGUCAUGCCGGAUGGUGACUGUGUAGCCACGUGGAACGUUCCAUUGCACGCUAAAGUUCAUCGAAUUGAAUUCGAGCAUGGAACAACCACUGGUAAACGUGUCAUUCGUGUCGAUGGGAAGCUUGGCGACAUGAAGUGCAACAUCAACGUUGAGGCUCUUGGGACGUUUGCCUAUGAGUACUCGUUGGAUGUCAACGGAAAAACGUUCAACAAGUUCAAAGAGGAGCAAAACAAGAAAUUGCACAGCUGGGAGACCACUAUUGCUGGCAACGACUGGAGAGUGGUUUUGGACAAGGAAACCAUGGAGAUCUGGGCCAAUGGGUGCAAUAUCAACACUGCGGUACAAACCGGCGUGAUCCACACAUUGUUCAUCAACGGAACCCAAAUCCCAUCCAUGGCUGAAUUGGCGGCCGUCGCAUCGUCGUAA